AGCGGAGGUACACACAUGCAGACUUCCGCUUAAGCCCAUCGAUCGGACGACAGAUCACCAUCCAGCCGUCAGACAUCUAACUCUCACUCUUCCGGUGUUUACAGAGCUGUCGGAGGGUGAUGGGUUCAUAUGAACCUCUGUAGGACGUCACGCUGUGCGGGAGAUGAACGCAUGACCCGCGGCUGAGUGCUUUAGUCUCCUUUUGUUCCUGCAGGUGAACUGGUCCAGUCCUCCUCCUCUCCUCCUCCUCCUCUCCCAGGAGCAGAAACAUGGCGGAACCCACCCCGGAGCAGGAGGAGCUGCUCUCGCUGAAGGAGCUUGUGGACGAGGUUUAUAAAUUCCGAGAUUGUUAUUUCGAGACUCACAGCGAGAGUGAGGCCGGGAAGAAGCAGGGCGAGGUGGCUCAGAGGAUGAGGCAGGCCCUCAAGACGCUAGAGGAGAAGGAAGAGCGCUUCAAGCACAAGGCGGAGUUCCUGCUGCAGAAGGGGCGGUGUCUGAACGUGGCCCCGGAGUUCAGCGGCCCCGCCGAGGAGAGCCUGUCCCGGGCCGUGAAGCUGGAGCCGGGCCUGGUGGAGGGCUGGAACACGCUGGGGGAGCAGUACUGGAAGAAGGCCGACCUGGUGGCCGCCAGGAACUGCUUCACCGGGGCGCUGCAGCAGAGUAAGAACAAGGUGUCUCUGAGGAACCUGUCCAUGGUGUUGAGGCAGCUGCCCUCGUCGGCCGGCGAGGAGCAGGGCAAGCGGGUCAUGGAGAGCGUGGACAUGGCGCGGCAGGCCGUGCAGAUGGACGUCUCCGACGGGACCUCCUGGUACAUCCUGGGGAACGCCUAUGUGUCGCUGUUCUUCACCUGUGGACAGAACCCCCAGAUGUCCCAGCAAGCACUGAGUGCCUACGCACAGUCUGAGAAGGUGGACCGCAUGGCCUCCUCCUACCCCGAGCUGCACUUCAACCGCGCUACGCUCUUCCAGUACGAGGAGAUGUUCGGCUCGGCGCUGGGGGGGUACGGCCGGGCCGGGGCGCUGGACCCCGGCUGGGCGGAGCCUCCGGAGCGGGAACGCCAGCUGCUGGAGUACCUGGGGAAGGUCACCGAGCUCAUGGAGAACAAGGGGAAGGUGAAGGCGCGGCGGCUGCGGACCAUGCUGGCCAGCCUCAGCACCUCCUCCCUGGGGCCCUGCUCCUCCCCUCAGUUCCGGUCGCCCGCGGGCCGCGUGGGGAGCCUGGAGCCCCGCACGCUGGCCUCCCUCGCCCACGGCCCCAACGCGGGGGCGGCCGCCAUGGGGAAGGUGGUCUUCAGCCUGGCGCCGGACGACCGCAUGGCCUUUACGUUCGGCAUGGUGGACAGCGAGGAGACAUGCAUCGUGGUGAUGGUCUACAACACGGCCGACAGCUGGGGCGUCCUGAUCGGAGACACCGUGGUCAUCCCCGAGCCGCAGGUCAAACGGCAGAGCGUCACGCACAAGGACCAGUCCUUUGACUUCAGGAGCGUGCGUGUUGACACACCCCUGCUGCUCAUCGUCAACGGCAAGCGGCAGAACGCCCAGAGCCAGAUCGCAGCCCGGGUCAGCUACAAGCCGCAGAGCGAGUGAACGCCGCCGCGGCGAGGAGCGGAUCGCGGCGAGGAGCGGAACGCGGCGAGGAGCGGAACGCGGCGAGGAGCGGAGCGGCACGCGGGCGACGGCAACCAAGGAGUCGGGAUUUGGUUUUUGGGAGUUUGAACGACAUACUGUGAUCUGAACCCCUGAGAUAUGUAGCAUGGAGUUCCAGAGGCCCCGCCCACACGCGGCGGUUUUGAUAUUUUCUUCCUUGUUUUGUACAUAGGAGUUGUGAACCGUUACCUGUUAUUGAGGAACACUUUUGUAUAUAUUUAUUCAUACCCUUGCCUUUUUACAUUGUUGAUGUCAGGGAGUGGAGUUAUGUUAAAAUUAUGUGUGUGUUGAACCUUUUGAGUUGUAAAAUAAACUUGGUUUAAGAUGGACGACCCGACUACUGGA